AUGAAAGUCGAAAAACGUAAAAUUAAGGCCAAGAAACAAUCAACAGAGGAGAUUUCUGAUAUCGAGGAUGUAAACAGUUCAGAAUCGGAUGAACCUUCUUCUUCUGAGGAUGAAGGCGUUGGUCCCACUGAGUCUCGAGAAGCUCAACGAGAACGUCGCCGCGUUGAGAAGGAAAGACUCGCCCGAACCCUCUUUGUCGGUAAUCUUCCGUCCUGGGUGACCAAAAGACGCCUGGAGCGGCUCUUCCGCGGAGCUCUGCGUACCACCACAGAGGGUCAGCAGGCGGACUGUUCAGUGGAGUCGGUGCGUAUACGUGGUGCAGUGCCCGUCACUGGAGGCACCAGCAAACAAGCCAGGAAGCGAGCCUCAAUUAUGCACGAGUUUGCG